UCUUACCAAGUAAAAGGAUAGACAAUUCUCGUUGAAAUUCACGGUCAAAUUCGACUCGCAAACGAGUUUGACGGCACAACUACUCUGACCUUUGCUUCUUUCAAAAGAAAAAUUUCUUCUUUGAUUUCGCCUUCAGCUUUGCAAGAACAGGAGAGGAGCAAAGAAACAGAAAUGAAAGGGGAUUCUUGUUUGGUGCUCAUGCGAUCUUCGAUAUUGUCGGUAGUUUUCUCAGUUUUUCUCUGCUUCAUUCCAGGGUUGGCAGAUGUCUCGGCGCCAGCAAACUCUGGAACGAAUUCUCCAAACCAUUCAUCCAAGAAGUCCACCGCGCUGCUAGUCCUUGGCGUGUGCCUCGGGGUCUUAGCCCUCGUUGGAGGGGCAGUCAUCCUCUUCAAGUUUUGGCAGAAGAAGAGGAGAGAAGAACAGCACGCCCGCCUGCUAAAGCUCUUUGAAGAAGACGAUGAUCUUAACGUCGAGCUGGGAAUCUGAUCCAGGUCGAACUUUCCUCAUCCAUAGUGUAGUUAUGCGAGGUGCCCUAUCGAUCGCCAAGAUUUGUUAUUCUUUUCUUCUUCUUUAUGUGCAUUUUAGCUGCCUCUGAGGUUUACAAAUCUGCAUUUACAAGUCUUGUGGUUGUGCAUAGAUGAAUAGCAGUAUAUGUAAGAGUUUGCAGACAUUUUUUUUUCUCAAGGUUAUCGAAAUACCAGAAUUUUAUGCUUUACGUU